CUCUAUACGAAAUUGUCAUUAUUGUGUCAUUGUGCAUAUUAAGUGGCAUUCUCGCAUAUGAAGUGUCAUUCCUCAUGGAGGUAUGCAUUGACUCACUUCAGGGCAAAUCUUUGUUGGAGAGUGAUGGCAGCGUACUAGCUGAGUGGUGGCGGUGGUGGCAGACUUCAUGGAUGGUGGCAGAGGUGCCAAUGGUGGAGGCGUCGACUCCAAACAUGCGCAUACGGCACACUUGCGCAACAAAGGGAAGGGGAAACCUGCGCAGAAAGGGGAAGGGGAAACAUGCGCAGCAGAGACCUGGGGAUAUAUCAUGCAAAAACCUCUAUCAUUGAUUGCUUGGUUCGUUCACCCAAGGCGAAGGAGAUAACUGAUGGUGUUACUGGCGCUUUGUUCAUCGCAAAAGACCGGCGGCCACUACACAUCAUUAGUCCCGUCAAAAAUUGAGGAGGCUUGGCGGGGAGGAGCUACCGUCGCCGGCCAGAGUUAUUGAGCGGAGAUUCGUGGUCAAUUAACUGUUCUUGGUGCUGCGUCUGAUUCGAUGAAGAAGCUGAUUGGCCGCUGCUCCUAAUUCUACUGCUUUUGUUCGUUCAGUGCAGAAUCCAAUUGCUGGAUUAUCACUCCUUUGCUUUGUGCGCAUUCGACCGGCUGAGGUGUAGCUUCCAUCGCCAGAGAAGAUAAUGGGAGAUGAGUUGAAGCCGCUGCUUGUUUGCUGAAUCAGAUGAUGAGGCUGAACCAGUUCGUUGUGAAGAAGGUUGCUGACUCAUUUUUUAAUUUCCGGCGAAGAAGUAAAUUGGAGCAUGGAUGGUGCUGAUUCGGGCUUAUGUCCGCCGUCAGAGAAGAAGGUCUGGCCGAGUUUCGUUGAUGAGAGGAAGAGAUUCGUGAUUCAAUGCUACAGUAGCUUUGGCCAGAGGAAAGAGACGGUCAACUGUUUGCUCGUGCGAAUAAAUUGAACGGCAUUGGGCCAGCUUUUAAUUUUUAAUAAAUUGAGCCUUUGGGCCUAUUUUAAGCUUUGAGCUUUUCCAUGAAUUCGGGUAAUCCUAAGAUCGCGACGAUGCCCUGUUUUCUGCUAUUUCAAUUGAUUUAAUCACACCACUUAUUGAAGAGAAAGGAGCUAGGCCUAUUGUCUGUGGUCGGUGCUGCUUAGGGCCCUUCGUUGGGUUAGUGGCACCGAUCAAAAGAAUUAGUUCGAUU